GUUGAAGUCAACGUACUCAUUGAGAGAUCAAUCGUGUACUUGUUGUCUUCAGCUCCAUGACUUUCUUCUUGCAAUAUUCGUUGUUAGCCCUUCUCAAACUAUUCCAAUGGGCACCUUUACUGGCGACCCUAGAUCCUUUCAGUUAUGUUUGGAGCAUCGAUGGUGACUCUACGGUCCUCGAGAGACAUAACUUCCUGUGGCCAAACCCGCCAGCAAAUUAUCUUCCCGCCGGGUUCUCCUCAAGCAAUGGAAGCAGUCGUAUUUCUGCUCACGACCACCGUUCUCCCCCAUCAUCUUCCACUUUCACAUAUGCACUCUUGAUUUCCCAGCACAAACACUACUUGUCAAACUUCGUCGAUUCUCUAGUUCUGCUGUACUCUGACCAGUUGAUUUAUUUCAACAGUGGUUUUUACAGCGUCCUGGUCUUGGCAGCGCUCAACCUUGGUCUCAUAUGUCUCUAUUCUGUUACUCGCAUCCAGCCUAAAAGAAAUUUCGUCUACUGGUACUCAUCAUGGGGUAGCCUCAAAACCAGGUUUCACAGUGAUAGUGAAUCUUUAAGUGCGGCGCCUUCGCGCGAGCUCCCCGGGACCGGCGAAUUCUCGGAUGGGACCGAGAGCGCAUGCGCCACUCCCGACCAAGAAGCGUACAACAGCGAUUCAGGUUUGCUUGCUACACAACAAGACAUCUUGCGAACUCUCAACAAACAUACCUUACGCGAGGAUCUGGACAGUCCCGAAAUUAUGGGUGCAGCCUCACAUCUAUAUAACAGUCGAUGUGUACCACCACAUGAAGCGACUAACGAUUCUGGCCAUACCGAAUGCACACUGAGUCGAGAGUCUAGGUCCUGCCAUGAUAUAGCGUCCCUGGAUGUCUCACCUUCCCUCAAAUCGUCGAGCUCUGCGGACCCACGUCAACUCCUACGCCCGGUGCACCUCGUUCGCAACUCCCCGUUACUGGCUGAGGCUGUAUCUCAUGAAAAAGCAAGAACGCACAAUUCGCAUCGACCAUCUCGCAAGCGCGAUGGUGAACCUCAUGAUGGCAACGUUCAAACAUCUAUACCUGCAACGCCCAAUCAUGACCGGCACCUUUCUGUCUCGAGUAUUCAAGCUUCUUUUUCAUCAAUGAUUCCCCAAAAGCGAAGCUGGUCUCACACGGCUACGAUCGAUCCUGAUCUUGAGGAAGACAGUGAUUCAAGUGAGGAAGGGUCUUUCGACAGUGAGUCUCCAGGGGAUCAAUUAGCUCUCGGAUUAUCUAUUAGCAAGAACGAGAAUCGCGUCACAUCCCGUCUUUUACCAUCAACAUCCAGACGCGAAAAUAUACUAGAGUGUGAUUCUCCUUGUUAUUCGGAACCCACAGCUACGCCAUUCGAAAUGCACCGCCGGAGUGCCAGCACUCCGGUCCCUUCUAGCAGAGGUAGUCAGCAUUCAUCAAAUGGACUUGUCGUCACCGAGGUUGAACGGGACGACAGUCCAUCAAGUGGGUCAGAACGUAAAUUCGACGGACCAGAUUCGUUUUGGGAGGCAGCUGUGCAAGAGAGAUUGAGAGUCACCGCCACCUUUACGACUUUAGAACCGCUCAAACCGAAGAGCGUUGGAGCUAUGCCAGUUGACCUGUCUCAAUCCACCGCCACUGACGGCAACCAGCCCGACCGGAGCUUUUCCAGCGAGUCCGCAGCGUGUUCGCCCCCCUGGUCUAUUGUUACGCGAAAGGCACGAUGCGCCCACACUUCACCGCAACAGCACUAUUCUGGUGAGACGCAGGAUCAAGCCCCUGACGACGAUCUCGCACUAAAACCGGGGACGUCGGGGUUGGCUUCCAAUCAAGCCAAUGGCUUCCCUGGAUUGACCCUACGUUCGGGCACUUAUGCAAAGUAUGUUCCCCCGCAACGGCGUGUGGCUGGCGAGCUUGUCUACACUGUCUCACAGCGGACGAAGCCCACGCCACGUCGUUCGGAGCGCGUGAAAUUUGGAUUUCUAUCGCCUAUGCUGGAGACAAGAUCUCGUUCGUCUACCUUGUCUCCUUGGAGUCCGUUCGCACCCCACGAGUUUCCCUCUUCCACUUCUGAAGCAGUCGCGUGGAAGCGUGGUGCGCUUUUCUUGACCAAUCCUCCAUCAGACGAAUUCGCACAUAUUGAUGAAUUUGGAAACGAAAAAUCAUGCUGCCCAAAAACACACUGGAAGACGGCAGACUUAGACGACUGUCUGUCAGGCUCCCUUACGGAGAAGCACGCUGAGGGAAAACGGGCAGUGAAAGAUGGUGAAGAGGGAUGUCGACUAAAUGCUCACACUUCUCUGCAGCGACACUGCCAUGCCCUGCGGAAGAACGGUCACCACCGAUGUGAAACUUUCGGAACGUGAUGAAGAUGGAGACCGAUGCCAGUGGAAUCUUUCCUCCUUGAAUGUUACGUGAAUUUCGACAUGUUUUUUCUUUCCUAUUAUCCCUACGUAUUUGAUUUGUCCCGUGACUAUAUGGUGGUUUUGAUAGUUGUAAACUCGUUUCGUAUCAUGGAUGACAUUCGGCUGUCAAAUAUUAAUGCUCAUGAUGCCCAGGCUGUCCCAUGCGUUCCCGUUCCACAUCGUGCAAUCAUUGCGAUGUCCUCGUCUAGUGCGGGAAGGUGUGACGUAUGGGGAUCGGUGUGGGAGAUACCGGUUCCUCAGGCCUGAACGUUUGAACACUCGGAAGGAACUGGCAUAAACCUGGUGGCUUACGUACACCUACACAUGUGGCUCGUUGCACUGUAGACACCUCUUUCAACCCUUAGCACGCAAUCCAGAA